AUGGGCGAGCAUAAUCUCCUUAAUCCAGGGUUUGUGGGACCUUUGGUAAACAUCCACACAGGAGACACAUUUUACUUUCCGAAUUUUAGAGCCUCCGGGGGACAACUGGCGGGGCUUCCAUCGCUCUCCUACCCGAGAAGGGACAAUGUUUGCUCCCUUCCGUGGAAUCCUUCGGAGCCGUGCAAUGGAUACUCUCAAUCCUACUUUAGCAGCCCGGUGUCUAUUAACCCUUCUUUCAAUCGCUCGUGUGAAAUUAGCAGACCCGAAGAGGGUAAAUGUUAUUAUAGCAACGGGAACAGGGAGACCUGUUCAGGUGGCAGCAGCCUCAAACGAGAGGACAGGGCGAGAGACACAUCCUCAUUAACAUCUGAGCACGGCAUUCACAGUGGCAUUGGCAGCACAGCCGCCUUCUCCAAAUACGAGUAUGGGACCGAACAGAUAACGCAAGACCCGCCAUCCUGUCAGUCAAUGGAGUCCGACUCCAGCUCCUCUCUGCUCAACGAGGGCAGCAAGCCUCCAUCCAGCGACACACAGACCCUGGUGUCACCGGGCAGCCAUUCAAGCAACAUAGCCAUAGGCGGAGGUGCCCCGUGGUACCCGAUGCACACUCGGACCAGGAAGAAGCGUAAACCGUAUUCCAAACUUCAGCUGGCGGAGCUGGAAGGUGAAUUUAUGCUGAAUGAGUUCAUCACCAGGCAGCGGCGGAGGGAGCUCUCCGACCGGCUGAACCUCAGCGACCAACAAGUGAAGAUCUGGUUCCAGAACCGCCGGAUGAAGAAGAAGAGACUCAUGCUGAGGGAGCAAGCCAUGGCCUACUUUUAGAGAUGCAGCAGAAGGUGAAUCGAUAGGCAGUAAAAGCCAAUCCUUCGCUCCCUUAGGUCAUAUUUCAAUGCAUGCACUCAUCUACCCCUCUUUAACAUUGCAGGCGUUUAUUAUAUUUUUUGAUAUUAUUUUUGUUUUCUCAAAGGUGUGGGUGACACCAGGCCAAAACAAGCCUCCACCUGUCAUUCAAACCUUCACGUAUAUAAUUGCACCAAAAAGCAGGAUGUGUUGUUCUGUGUACCUAUUUUGAGUUUCUCUGAUUUGAGAUAUGCCUUCGUGGCAAUAGCUCAGUUUGGGCUGACAGAAAAUGACGUCAUCCUUUUUGUUCCACUUUGAGGCAGGAAAAUUAUCGAGGAACCGGGGACACUUAGUAAAAUUAAAAUUAAAAAAAUAGAAAGAAAGGCCGAACGACUGUCGCAUGUGCUCAAUACUUUCUCUGGCGUGGGGAAGAGAUGAAGAAGAAUCCCCCUCCCGGUUGCUCAAUACUUCCACAGUUGGUGGGAAGAGGAGCACCAUCUUUAUCUCCUUCCCAUAUAGUUUCGCCACGCUUUGUGACACGUUCACGGUCACGGACAGGAAGUCUGGGUGUCUGCAUAUAGGAGAGAAGGAAUAAAAACGCAACCUUAUCAAUAGUGAUGUCUUUAUGACUGCGCAAUGAAAAAAAUAGGAUUGCAAUAACUUCGUUCAUGUGCUAACACGUUUCCUAAAGUAUUUUUGUCACUUGAAUAACAUUUCAAAUAUCUGAACAACACAUCGCAUAGUGCAUGUUGCAUUUCCUUAGUUGAGUGAGAUCGCCGUUUGAAUACAGUGUUAAACUGUUAUUAAGUCUAGAUCGGGCCCGCAUUCAACUAUAAACUCGUGAGAAUCUGUAUUGGUAAUAUUCGCCAGAAUAAGUCAAUUGUUAGGCCAACUUGGUUAAACAAGGGAACUGCCUAAAGUUUUAACAGAGGAUUGGGGGGCGGGUGUUCGUUUUAGGCCUGUAAAUUAAUUUCUAAAACUUGAUGACAAGCCUAAAAAUAAAUAAAUAGAAACUUAGAUAUGUUAAUCAUCGGCUUAUGUGUGCGCUCCCAUAAUUCAGGGCGAAUAAAGUGCAUCAUGUCAAACGAGAAAGCUAUAGCAGUGAAAUGUAUUUGCAGCAUGUUAUCGAUGUGAAAUAGCUAAAAGUUCAUGUUCUGCGGGCCACUUCUUCGGCAGCGGACUUUUUUAAUACGUGUGUUUCUGAACAAAUCAAAAGUGUACACAACCUUGAACAUUUUGACACAGACGUCUAUAAAGAAUGUAUUAUUAUUAUUGAUAUUAUUAUUAGACUAUUAGGAUGGAGAGACUGAAGGCUUUUAGGCCUAAUAAAUAAUUGCUCUUUGCAACAUGCUCAAUGUUGUCCCUUUCCAUACCUUAUACUCGUGUAUAACUUUGUACAAUGAAAUUACAUGUUACUUUUUGCAUCCUGUUUAAGGAUCCCUUAUCGCUAUGUAAUAGUGCGUUCUGUUAUUGCUCGUCUUGUACUAUAUCGCAUUCCAUAUAGCCUAUUUGUGGUUGUAAGAGUUGGAAUUGUGGGUUUAUUAUAUCAUACUAAUGGACAUAAGAAAUGGUAUGCAAUACGUUUUACCAUACAUGACAUAUAAAUAAACUAUGUUUCAGUGUGAUAGUUGUUUGUUAUCGUUCUUUUAUUGUGUCCCUUAUGGCAUUCUCUUAUUUGCGCUUGUAAGGAUUGUUACGUUGUAUUGUAAAAGUAAUACUGAUAUGAAUGUAUGCGUACGGUCUUCAAUAAACAUAAUAUUGAAACUUUA